UGUGUGAAUUCUGAGGGGCACGAAGCGACUCAAACUGUCCCUCUUGCGAACUGCGCGAGGUUGCCGUUUUUGUAAAACUAGGGGGGGUUUUCUCUGCUCUCAUCGCGGAAUAAAACAACUUUUUUUCGAGUGGAAACCAGUUUUGACGGACAACGCGAACCUUUGUCACCAAACAUUAAUCAUUUAAACGCUCGUGGCACCAGUUUCUUUUUCUUCUAUUCUUUUUUUUCUCGCAAAACCGCAAACGGAUGUGUGAGCAUCGAAGUGUUCCUGUAAAUCGACUCUGCAAAUAUCAAACUUUUACUUGCGCGUAGGCCACUCGUUUUAUUCCUUACUCAGCCGCUACCUUACAGCGAAAACAGAAGCAAGUGGGGAAACAGGUGAUUUGGUAUAUCUGAUGAAAUGGACAUGAUGAGAUUUUACCCUCCUCCGGUGCAGCCUUCGGCAGCGACACCAGACUCUUUCUGUCCGGAACCCUCGCGUCCUUUUGACCCUCUAUAUUGCAACAAGUUUGACGGAGGGAACAUGUACAUGAGCAUGUCUGAGCUGAUCCCGGACUUCACUCCAACCGGUCAGCAGGUGUAUCCGGCUCCUGGCUUGGGAGACGAAGACUUCAACAUCCCCCCGAUCACGCCCCCCGCCCUCCCGGAGCUCACCCUGCCCUCCCCGCCGGAGACCCAGCCUGGAGCGUACCAUUCCCAGCACCCGCCCGGGGCUCACAGCAGACACCCCUUCCACUCGCACAGAAUGGACCCGCCCGGGAUCGGCAUCCCCAACACGCUGGGCCAAGAUGGAGGUCCGCCCCCCAGUUUCCUGUCGGCGAUGCUGCACAAGGCCGCCUCCCACUCCGCUUACCCCCCAAUGGACGACUUCAGGCCCAGCAUCCAAUCGGUGAUGGUGCAGCACGGUCAGCUGACCACCAUCAACCAGUCGCAGCUCAGCUCGCCGUCCCCCCCCGGGAGCAAACGGGCGUCGCCGUCCCCCGCCGGCUCCCUGCACGAGGAGGACGCAGACGAGACCCUGAGGGGGGGAGGAGCGGAGAAGAGGCCGGCCACAGACGGGGGGAAGAAGCCCAAAGUGCAGAAGAAAAAGAAGAAAAAAGACCCCAACGAGCCGCAGAAGCCCGUCUCGGCCUACGCCCUGUUCUUCCGCGACACGCAGGCCGCCAUCAAGGCCCAGAGCCCCAGCGCCACCUUCGGGGAGGUCUCCAAGAUCGUGGCGUCCACCUGGGACGGGCUGGGGGAGGAACAGAAACAGCUGUACAAGAAGAAGACUGAAGUGGCCAAGACAGAGUACCUGAAGCAGCUGGCAGCCUACCGAGCCAACCUGGUGUCUCAGAGUUACUACGAGCCAGGUGAUGUCACCGUGCCUCAGGGCCCAAAGUCGCCGGCGUUCCCCAGGUCAGGGCCGGCAAAUGGCGGGGGGUACCCGGGACUCUCCCACCCCCAACAGCUGCAUCCCAGCACCCCUAUGCCGGCAAUGGCCCUCCGUGGAUCCAACAUGGCGUCACAAAUGUCUCUUCCUGGAGCCAACAUGGCCUCACAAAUGUCACUUCCUGGAGCCAACAUGGCGUCACAAAGGUCUCUUCCUGGAGCCAACAUGGCGUCACAAAUGUCUCUUCCUGGAGCCAACAUGGUGUCACAAAGGUCUCUCCCUGGAGCCAACAUGGCAGCAUCGUCCCCUCCCCCACACCCCACAAUGCAGCGGGGUCCUAGCCUCCAGCAGCAGUUUGUUCCCAUGCAAAAGCCCCUUGGCAACCACCACCAGCUCCCGUUCCACCCUCAGUCCAUCCCACAGGGAUUUCCUCCUCAAGCAGAGUUCCAGGGCAUGCUCAGGGGGCUGCCCUUGACUCCAGCCAACGGCUACAUCCAAUCAGGGUGCAGGGAUUCCUCUACACAGGAACUGGAUUGGAGCGUGGACUACUGCAGCAAUGGGACCCUGCAGAGAUGAGCAGCCCUGUUCCCCAGCUGAUCUCACGAUGAAACUGUUCUUUAUGGUUCAUCAGCUGAUCUCACGAUGAAACUGUUCUUUAUGGUUCAUCAGCUGAUCUCACAAUGAGACUGUUCUUCAUGGUUAAUCAGCUGAUCAAGAUGAAACUGAUCUUCUCUUUGGUCAGAAGUGCAGGAGUCUGAUCACACAUGUCAUGUCUUGUUUUUCUUUCUUUUUUUUUUACUUCUGUUUUAAGAACAGAGAUCACACUCGCGGGAGAUUCUUCUUGACAGAAGGUUUCAUCGCUGGUGUUUUUGUAACCUGUGGAGUUCUGAGCUUGCCACUUGUCUGCCCUUGUUAUGUUGUCAGGAAACGG